GACGCCCCCCGGCCCGGCCCCGGCCCCAGCCCCGGCCCCGCACCGCCCGUGGACUUCCGCAACCCGCGCGAGGCGUACCGCAGCCGCACCACCGCCCAGCUGGCCCGGAGCCUGCUCGUCCUGCGCCUCUGCGCCUUCGACCGCCUCGUGGAGCACAACGAGCAGCUGAUGCGCCUGUGCCGGAGGAUCCUGGGGCAGACGCUGUUCGAGCGGUUAAUGAAGCUGACGUUCUACGGGCAGUUUGUGGCCGGGGAGGACCAGGCGUCCAUCCUGCCCCUCAUCCAGCACAACCUGGCCUUCGGCGUCGGCUCCGUCCUGGACUUUGGCGUGGAGGAGGAUCUGAGCCAAGAGCAGGCUGAGAGGCAAGAAAUGGACUCCUGUACCGCUGAAGCCGAGAAGGAUGGCAGCGGAUCGGCCCAGAGGGAGAAGCAGUACCAGGCCCACCGGGCCUUCGGGGACCGCCGCGAUGGCGUCAUUAGCGCCCGCACCUACUUCUACGCCAAUGAGGCCAAGUGCGACCAGCACAUGGAGACCUUCCUGCAGUGCAUCGAGACAGCUGGUCACUGCUCCGAAAACGGCUUCUCUGCCAUUAAGCUGACUGCUCUGGGGAGACCCCAGUUUCUGCUGCAGUUCUCUGAGGUGCUGAUGAGGUGGAGAAGGUUCUUCCAGCAGAUGGCCAUUGCGCAGGGCCAGGGCGGACUGACGGCCAUGGACACCAGGCUGGACCUGAAGAAACUGCAGGAAAUGCUGGCCGAGAUGGGCGGCGCGACCAAAGCCGAGAUCCAGCACUGGUUCACCGGAGAGCAGCUGGGGGUUUCGGGCACAGUGGACCUGCUAGACUGGAACAGCCUGAUUGACAGCAGAACCAAGAUCUCCAAACUGCUGCUGGUCCCAAAUGAGCAGACUGGGCAGCUGGAGCCCCUUCUGUCUCGCUUCACUGAGGAGGAGGACCUGCAGAUGAAGAGGCUGCUCCAGCGCAUGAACACCCUGGCCAAGAAAGCCGAAGAGGUGGGUGUCCGGCUGAUGAUAGACGCCGAGCAGACGUAUUUCCAGCCGGCCAUAAGCCGGCUGACCCGAGAAAUGCAGCGCAAGUUCAACACGGAGAAGCCCGUCAUCUUCAAUACCUUCCAGUGCUACCUCAAGGAUGCUUACGACAACGUCUCCCUGGAUGUGGAGCUGGCCCGCCGAGAGGGCUGGUUCUUUGGGGCCAAGCUGGUGCGGGGAGCCUACAUGGAGCAGGAGCGCACCCGGGCUGCCCAGGUGGGCUACGAGGACCCCAUCAACCCCAACUAUGAGGCUACCAAUGCCAUGUACCACAGGUGCCUGGACUUUGUCCUGGAGGAGAUCAAGCAGAACCGGAAGGCCAAUGUGAUGGUGGCAUCACACAAUGAGGACACCGUGCGUUUUGCACUGCAACGGAUGGAGGAGCUCAGGCUGCACCCCUCGGAGCAGAAGGUCUAUUUUGGACAGCUGCUGGGCAUGUGUGACCAGAUCAGCUUCCCGCUGGGCCAGGCCGGCUUCCCGGUAUUCAAGUACGUUCCCUACGGCCCCGUGAACGAGGUGCUGCCUUACCUAUCCCGGCGCGCGCUGGAGAACCGUGGCAUCAUGCAGGGGGCCCAGCUGGAACGCCGCCUGCUCUGGGAGGAGCUCAAGAGGCGCUUGCUGGCCGGAGAACUCUUUUACCGCCCUAUUCCCUGAGCGCUUCCCCCUUGCCGAGACAGGGGGCACGGGGACACUGGGAACCCAUGGCUCCUAACACUGAAUCUUCCCUGAAAGUGGUGAUCCCGUCCCUAACUCCGUCCUCCUCACAUCAGUGUUCGGGAGGGCGGCUGCCCAGGCCUAGCCAAGCCUACUAACAUAGCCUGGACCAGUAUCCACUCUCCCCUUCCAGGGGUCUAGGCUGCCCUGGUCCCAGCCCCUGGUCCCGGCCCAUCACCACGCUCCCUCCCCUGAUAUCUGGAUCCUGGGGGCCAAGACUGUCCCAGUCCUAGCUUCCAGCCCCUACCAGCCUCUACCCAUCACCCAGGCCCCCUGUGCCCCCUCCCCUAAUCCGGGGGCCCAGGAUUAGCUAGCCCUAGCCCCCAGCCCCUGCCCCUCACUUGUCCCUUCGGCCGGGACCCGGACUCAGCCUGGCACGGUGUUUCAGGCCUGGGUCGGCCCAGGCCGCCAAGUUUAAUUUCUGCAUCUUGUCCUCCUCCUCUUCUUCCUCCUCCUCCUACCCCGCUACCCCGGGGGCUGGCAAAGAACCCGUUGGUGCCUGGGUCGGGCAGACGGUUCGCAGGAUAGGCUUAGCCUGCCCCUGCCUCUCCAGCCCUGGGCAAGGACAGGCCUGGUUCUGACCUCAGGGUGGGAGGCCGAGGUCCGGGGGCGGUCCAGUUCCCAGGGCUGGCCUUUGGGAAGAACUGGCCUGAGCAGGUGAGUGGGGACAGGAGUGAAAGUGUCUACGCCCUCCUCUCACUGCUGUUGAGACCCCAGUCAGCCCUACGCCUCUGCUUUGCCGCUGCUUCAGUGCCUUGGCCCUCCCUGUCAGGGAAAUAGGGGAAUUGGGCCCCCACCUACCACAGGGACGUGAGGGAGGGAGGAGAACUGGUCCUGAGGUAGCUACGUCCAGGAGACCCAAUAAAGAGUUGGUCUUAGAACUGAA